GUCAUUCUCUAUAAGCACCAAAAUUUGAUGGUAAACCAUAGUCACCGAUUUUAAUAAAACUUUGGUAAAUUAAUACAUACUACUAGUCGAGUAUAAUGGUAUAUGCAAAAUGACGGGAUACUGCUGUUUCCAUGGAAACCAGCAAGUCAUACUUUUGUCACAUUUGCUAUUAUUUCCUUUAUAAUGUAUGUGGUUGAUACUCAUAAACGCAGCAAAACAAUUCAACAGAACUAAUCCUGUAAAAAGAUUAGAGAUAUAUAAGUUUUUCUUCAAAAAAUUGGAGGUGUGUUAUUUUUAAUAAAGAAAAAAAAGCCUUGUCAAAUUUCUGUUUUCCAAGGGGAAAGUAUUAAAUUUUUACAAGAGUUAUUUCCCCUUGUGUAACUCUUUUGUGCUUCCUGUGAAAAAUUGGAGUAAGCAGAAGUCAACAGAAAAUGAGAAAUGGUUUGCCGCUUUAUAUUUCAUGCUGAUUCGAAUUGUUCAGAUGACUUAAUCAAUAUAAAUUCUGCUGACAUCAACAACAGGGACAUUAUACUUACAGAAUGUGGUCUUCUACCUAAAAAAUUUGAUAAUUUGGAUAUUUGUUCCUCUCAUUUUAAUUUAAUAUUGAAACGCAACACAGAUUUGAGAAGAAGAAAAACUUGUCAAGUGCCUUUUACUAUUAAUUCACAUGAAUUAUCAACACGUCAUAAAAAGCAGAAGUCUAGUAGAUCAUUGUCCAUCAACAGCAUUCUGAAAAUUCACAGAAGAUUUGGACUUGUUCUUCCUGUUGGCACCCCUAUAUGCACCAGCUGUCUGUUGAAGAUAAAUGCUCAAAUAACCGAAGACGAAGAAACUGUGACAAACAAAUACAAUGACCAGACUCAGUCACACUUGGAUGAGCAUGAACAGCCACUUCACGUGCAAAUCCCAGGGGCUUCAAAUGCUGUGGAGAAGGACCCUAUAACUAUAACAGACGAGAAAUUAUUUGAGGAGAUAGAUCAGAAUUCGUCUAUUAAAACUGAUGAUGAAAGUCAAAGUGAAUUUUUCCCAUCUCAAUCAUCAUGGAGGAGUUAUGAAAAUGACAGCAGCCUGAAUGCACUGAAUGGAUUCCUAAACGCAGUCAAUUUACAAACUUUUUCUAUCAAUGAAAGGAGGAAUUGGGUGACAUAUUCGAAAAGAACUCAAAUUAAUUAUUUAAGAAGAAUCAAUGAUAUAAUGAUGUGCAUCAAAGGCAUACUGUUUCCCGAAAAUCAGGUGUUAGAAGAACUGAAUGCAGAUCUUCAGAAGACCAGUGCUUCAAAUAGAUGCUCAUCAACUGACUUUGACUACACAGAUCUUGUGGACUCUUACAAAAGAGCAGAAACAUGGCAGCAGAGAAGACAGGUUUUGUCCAUCAUUGCGUCAAAAGUGUCAUUCAAAGAUGUUCUUGCAAUGAUUCCCGAAAUUACACCUCACAGAUAUUAUGCUGCCCUUAAUCAUUCCAAGCAAAUUGGUGCUGCACUUCCCAUUCCAGACAAGAAAAUUAACAGACAAAGAAUGGAUCCAGAUAAGCUUGAUGCAUUCCUUGAUUUCAUUACCUCCAGUCAUAUUGUUCGUGACCUCCCGUAUGGUGAAAAGAAAAUGAAAUUUUCAGAUGGAUCAGUGCAAAGUAUGCCAAAUGUUGUGAGGUGCAUGGGUUCUGCCGAUAUAAUUCAGCAGUACAAAGCUUAUUGUCAAGAAAACAACAUUAUGCAAUUAGGAGAUAGCACAAUGUUCAGGAUUCUUGCACAAUGUGGUGCCAAAGUCAGAAAGAGUCUAGAAGGUCUAGACUACUUUGUUGCUGAAGGAGGACGUGCAUUUGUAACUCUGCAAGAUGUCAUUGACAGGCUGCUGAGUUAUCAAGUGAUUUCUGGUGACCAGCAGAAGGACUAUCAGGCUCUGCUCUUACAGUGUAAACAGUAUCUAAGAACAGAUUUCAAGAUACAUGUCUCACAUGAAAGUGAAGUGGCAGAUCACUGUAUGGUUCAUGCCUUGAGUGAUUCAAAAGAGGGAGCCUUCAUGGAGGAAUGUAGACACUGCCAUGAUAUGGUUUGCGAAAGCUGUGAGCAGUUGAAGGACCUUUUGACAUCUCUAGAGAACAUCUUUUCUAAUUCUUCCAUAAUUGCAGCAGGAGAGGAAUUAAAUGAUCUUCGUUUCAAGGUUCAGAGAGCAACUCAGAGUAUUUGGAACUUAAAAAAACAUGCCAUACGUUGCAAAAAUCAGGAUCAAGCCAAGGCGGAUCUUUUUGCAAACAUGCCCACUGGUGAAGUUUUGUUGAUUUGUGACUGGGCAAUGAAAUUCCUGCCCCGCAAGUUUAGAGAGGACCAAUGUGACUGGUUUGGAAAAAGAGGAAUUCCAUGGCAUAUUUGUAUGGCUUUCUGUAGAAAGGAUGAUGGCAGCAUUGGGAGUCUUGGAUUUAUACAUUUGUUUGCAAAUCAAAUCUCUCAGGACAGCAGCAUCACUGUCAGGGUGAUCAGUGAUGUCAUGAAGCAGAUUCAGGGAAUCCAGGCAGAAGACCUGAAGUUUCAUCUAUGGUCUGACAAUGCUGGGUGUUACAAGUCUACAGAAAUGCUUGCAUUUUUGUAUCAUUCUGGAAUUGUAAAGACCUACAACUUCUGCGAGUCCCAGAAUGGGAAGGGGCCCUGUGAUCGGACAGCAGCUACCAUUAAGUCAGCUAUUAGAAGAUAUGUCAAUCAAGGCCAUGAUGUACUAACAGCUCAUUCAAUGAAACAGGCAAUUGAACAAUCUUUGAAGACUGUGAAGUAUAGAGUCAGUGUGGUCACAGAUUCAGGCACAGAACAUGAAAGAAAGAAAAAUCUACUGAAGCCUAUGGCUGGGGUAUCGACGUACAAUAAUUUCUCAUUCUCACUUGCUGGAAUAAGAGCAUGGAAAGCUUAUGAAGUUGGUCCAGGAAAACUUAUCUCUUCCCCAACAAUACCAAAGGUGGAUCCUACUCAAAUUGAAAGCGAAGAAUCCCAGGGAGCACAUGAGGUUGUUUUUCACAGUCUGCCACCAAAACCUGAGAGAGGGGAAAACAUCUUUACUUGUACCAAUGAUGGAUGCACACUGUCAUUCUCUACAUUUCAAGAGUUGUCAAACCAUCUGUUAUUUGGGAUUUGCGAAUGUUCAUAUGAGUGUCAAUCUAGCAAUGGGUGUGAUAUAACUAAAAAGAUGUAUGCAAAGAAAAUGUCAAAGUCUAUUGCAGCAAAUCUCACGAUAUCUGUGGAUGAACAAAGUGAAGGAAAAGGUAAUGGUGAAGUUUUGAGCAAGGGAUGGGCUCUGAAAGAAGAAAGAAAAAACAAGAGGUUUAAUGAAAAUCAAAGAUCUUUUCUUCUUGACAAGUUUAACAUUGGUUUGAAAACUGGCAGAAAAGAAGAUCCAUUCUUUGUUUCAGAGGCUAUGCUUACAGAGAGAAAAGCAGAUGGGACAAGGAGAUUUUCAUAUGAUGAGAUUUUAUCAACACAACAAAUAACAAGUUUCUUUUCCAGGAUGAGCAGGAAAAGCAAGAGCUUUGCAGAUGUUUCUGAAGAGUUGGUUGAGGCACAACGGGAAGAAACAAUUAUGAUUGUAAGGAGAGAACUGGAGGGGGAGUCUGUAAAGUAAAAGCUCUCAAAAACUUUUCUUGUGUAUUUUUAUGCACCUUUUUUUAACUCAUCUCAACGAAGGUUAAGUUUUUUUGAGCAGUUUUCUUUUUAAGUACUUCUAGGACCUAUAGUAUAUUAUCUCGGAGGCAGUAAUAGGCCGCUCAUCAUGUAUAUUUAUGUAUCUUUUAUAUUCAAGUGAAAUAUCAUGUUUGAGUGUAUAAACUCUGAGGCGGUAAUAGGCCGCUCAUCAUGUAUAUUUAUGUAUCUAUUAUAUUCAAGUGAAAUAUCAUGUUUGAGUGUAUUAUCUCGGAGGCGGUAAUAGGCCGCUCAUCAUGUAUAUUUAUGUAUC